GACAAUUUUCAUCAUCAUCAUGAAUUUGGUCAAAGGGAAACUUUUUUUUUUCUCCACGAGUACCAUCGGUCCAUGCAUCAGGUCAGUGCCUUUGAGUUCAUGUAGACAAUCUAGCUUAUGUGAUAAUUUGCGUUUGUCAACAACGGUACGCACGCGUUUGCCAAUGCCAGCGGGUGGCGAGGCCGAUGUUAGCAAGUUCGAAACUUUGUGCAUUAGACCUCAACCUGGCCGCUGGAAUUUUGAAAGCUGAACACUUUACGAUGCGCUUCCGUCCAACCGGUUCCUUAUUCUGUGCUCCCGACUGCCCGGUGUAGCGAGACGGUCGUUCUGCAAAGUGAACACGAUGAUGUCGACUUCGCUUCGGUCGGUGCUGGCUGUCGUCGUGCUCUUCGCGGGAGUCGCCUUCGGACAAGCCUUAUCCGAAAGCCCCGGUCUAUCCGCCAGCGACGCGACUUCGUCGACGAUCCUGCGCGACGGCCACCACUACCUCGCCAGCAGGUCGUACAGCCACCGAAAGGACCUGGUCAUCUUCUGCUACCCGGGCGAGCCCGCCAGCUACCUGUCGCUCUUCAAGUCCGUCUACGUCGAGUUCAAACUCGUGCCCGAACGCUACACGCUCUUCGAGGGGCCUGACGAGGCGUCGGUGCGCGCGCAGUUCGACUCGCACCUGGCCAGCUGGGUCCCGCUGCUGCCCUGGAGGCGGUCGACCAUCUCGCUGUCGGCGUUCCGGCCGCACUGCAUCGGCGUGGUGUCCGACGACGACUACCGGUUCGAGCUGGUGGUGCGCGAGGCCAACUACUGGCGCUUGCUGCAGUUCGCGCUCGCGGUGCUGCUCUUCUUCGGCGUGCCCUCUCUGUGCCGCAACACACUAGUGUUCUACUCGUGCGGCGUCACCGUGGGCGUGCUCGCGUCCCUGCUCGUCGUCGUGUUCGUCGUGGGCCGCCUGCUGCCGCGUCGCACGGCGGGCUACGCGGUCGUCUGCUUUGGAUGGUCGCUGGUGCUCUACCUGCUGCAGCUGCUCUGGUCGAACGUCUACCAGGUUCUGGCCGACUACAAGAAUGUUCUGGCCGGCUACAUCGCAUUCACGGCGCUCGUGAGCUUCGCUGUCUGCUAUCGCGUGGGGCCACCGACAAAUCCACGAACUCUGGAUUUGAUUCAGUGGUCGCUGCAGCUCGCAGCGCUGGGCGGGGUAAUCACGUCGUCCGAGCUCCGAGAAGCGACGUGCGCCAUUGUGCUUGCCAUGCUUGUCGCCUACAACUUCCCUCCGAAGUGGUCGGCCAAGCUGAAGACCUGGUGGAGGACGCGCGUGUGUCGGCCAAAGGUGACCCUUCUUACCGAGGAGGAGUACAUCUUGCAGGGCGACGUGGAGACGAGAAAGGCCCUGGAGGCCCUGCGGGAGUUUUGCGGCAGCCCCAACUGCAAGACGUGGCAGGUGGUCACUCGCCUCAAGGACCCCGUGCGGUUUGCCAAGUUUGUUCAGGGACAGUCACACCUCGCGGACGAGGAGGUCCUCCAGUACGAACUGGACUCGUCGGACAGGCAACCUAGUGACCAGGACUGCCAGUUGACAGAAGAGAGCGACGACGAGCAGCCAUCGUUCACAGAGCUUGCAGAGUAGGUUGAUCGCACGGCCCCUCUAGGUGGUCUGAACCUCUUCCUGUGAGACAGGCGAUACCAACUGGCACUUUGCUAACACUCUAAAGAUGGCUGGUGGUUGGUGCGCACUACUGGGUUGUUGUUAACUUAAACAUUUGGAUUGUAUGAUCCUGCAGGACUCAUGAAACCUGCACCAGCUCAGAAGGUUACAAGAUAACAGGCAACUCAGUCGAGGAGCUCGAUGAGAUUUGUCAGAUUUGUGCGGGAACAGUCGCACCUUGCAGCUGGAAGCAGGUCCUCUGGUAUGAGCUGGGUUUGUUGGACCAUCCGCCCAAUGUCCAGAGCUACCUGAUGGUGCAGAAAGGCGACAACCAGACCAGCUCUCACUCGUGGAACUUGAACACGAUGCUGACUGUGCUCAACCCUCCGCCAACGCUGGAAGAAAGCGGGUGCCAAGUGUGAUUGGCGUGGAUGUUUCUAGUUGAACUUUAUAAUUGUCCUAUUUGUGGCACUGAAUAUACUUUUUCCAGUAAUGAGCGUCUUCCCUGCAUAGACGAUUUCUCCAUCUCAGAGGUCCAAGUUUUGAAGUGUUUGCAAGUUGGUGCGGAAACAAUGGAGGUGCCUCUGGACAUUCCACCAUCUGCUGCUGUCAGUGUCACGUCUGCCGUGGUGCCAGUGUUACAGGGUCCCGUGUGGCGUAAGUCUGGAAUCAAGUGAUGGCACUUGUGUAGCAUUCUUGUGUCUUGAAUGUUUUCGGGAAACAUGCCUGUUAUUGUGUUUAGAGUACUGACACAAUAUUUUAGACUAUUCAUUUUAUUGCGUGAAAUGAAGGUCCGGGACCUCAUGAACACUAGACAAAGUACUGCCAAGGCUCACAGCGUCCUAAAUAAUUUAAUAUAAUGCCUUUUCUACAGCCAGUUUCGUUUUUGUUUUUACUGUUGUGAUGUCGUGAAGCAGUAUGUCGUCACGUGGGAGCAGGACAUUGCAACAUUUUAUUUAUUUUAUUUAUUUGCGAUGCUGCCAGUCUCAGUUAGACCAAAGCAGGUGGGCAUUGUGUUAAACAGUUUUACAAAAAGAAACGAACAGCUCGUGCGACAUGGUACAUUUUCUCCAACUCGCUCGGUUGCCUACUCAUUGUGGGGGCCAAUGUAGCGACCUAGUGGACGACCGAGUGAGCCGGAGCCUUCUUGUCGCUAUGUCCUGCUUCCACAUGACUACAUGCUGCAUCACGAUGUCACAACACAGUAAAAACGAAAACGGCUGUAGAAAAGGUAUGAUAUUAAAUUAUUUAGGCCCUUGUGAGGGCCUAGUGUGUAGGGGUACUGGGCCUUCAUCUAAAGUCUAAAAAGAAGACACAGAAAGAUAUUGUAUCAGUACCCCUUCAAGUUACACCUGUCGUGACUUCUUGAGCAAAUAUGCAGUACAAUGCAGAUGCGCCUGCACACUUCAUGGUCGGCACAGCGAGAGAAAUUUCGCAUACCUCUAGGACAGGCUGCAGGAAAGCGGUGACAGAUACGCUCGCACCACCUUCAAGUGUACGCUGUACUUUUCCUCGCCACAGUGUGCGUAGGUGCUUGCAAAUUCAUGCCGACUCCUAUGGUAUGGGUGUGCAAGUGUCGUCUUAGCCACAUUUCACAUCCAAUGCGAAUAAAAACCAGUAGCGGUGUCGUCAUGUGUAAAAGGUGGUGUCGUACGCUGCAGAUUCCACAGUGACUUGCAUUUUUAUCCUAACAACUUUAAGAGAUUUUACUUUCCGACACUUUGUUCUCAUUUAAAAUUUUGCAGCGAGACAGCACUUCUUGGUCUAUGCUGUUCAGUAAUACACUUGUCAUCUUAGCUUGUCUGGUUUCUAAGGGGCAAAAAAAGAAAAAUCACCAUCGCAUGCACUGUUUGCCAUCAGUGAGGGGAGCUUCUGCUGAAGUUUGGGCCAGUAUUGCUGCCUGUCUGUGACGAAAAGUCUGUAAAAGCAAAAGAAACUGUGAUGCCUGGUGUUCUAUUUAACCUUUUGAGGCGACAAUUCUGUUGAUUUAAAACAUAAUUUCACCUCAUUUAUGACGUCUUCGGAAUCAGAAAAAAGGUCUACAGCUGCAGAAUAGUAGGAAUUUUCAAUUCUCUAGUAAGUUUUGUCAAGUUUACAGAUUGUUGACUCCACACAAAACCCCACUACGGGAACAUCAGAUAUGAGAACAUCAACUAUUUCAUGUCUAGCAGGCUUUAAAAGCACCUAUCCAGCCACUUGGAAAUUAUGCCUGGUGUAACAAAUUGAGAAAAGCAAUGAAAGAAGUGAACCUGCUGCAUACGACGACAUACUCGCACCUAGCAAAAAUUCCCAACCAUCUGCCUGGCCACUUGUUUUACUAAAACAUUUUGCACAUUUUAUUCAAGCUUGCAGCGCAAUUCCAGUCAGAAGUGUUUCAAGAUGUAUGCAACACAUUUUAAAUAUUACUUUCAUCAACGCUUUUGCUGUUGAUGCACAAUCCUGGAGCACACAUUUGUGUACACAGCACCUUAAAAGGCUAAACAUGACAUUUUUUGCUUGUCAAUUUUUUUGUAUUCAAUCAAAAGCCAACUAGAAUGAAAUUUAACUUUGGCUAAAUUUGUUAUUGGUGAGUAGCAUAUUCUGCUGAAGCAAUUUUGACAAAGCUGAAGGGCUGGUAAUUGUAUCAUCUUGUAAAUUGUAAGUGUAUUAAUGUUGUUAACGGCCUUUAAGCAGUACCUAAGCAGACAACACAUGCACAUUGUGGUUGUCACUAUGGGCAGGGAUAACGUAAAACUUUUCCAAUCUGUUUUCAUUCCAAAUCCCCCAUACCCUCAGGAUAGGACUAAAUGGCCCGGGCUCCUCCUACAUCGGCGGAGCCCAUGCCAUUUUAUAUAGAAGUAACUAAUUUCUCCUUUCUCCUUCAAUAUUAAAUCAAUUUGACAAAUUAUUUUGGUAAAAUUAUUCGUAGGCGGCAUUUUAAAACUUGCAGCAUAUAAUAAAUUUUCAAUGGGGUCAGGUGAGGUUUCAAACUAGGUUUCUUACGUGUUACCAAAUUUUGUUGCUGUUAGCCUUUAAGGUCCUAAACCUUAGAAAAGUUACUGGCGAGCGUAAUAGUACCUGAAUUAAUUUACGAUCCGAUCGUACUUGUUUCUGCAGACAAGUUUGGGUUUCGGUACCCAGGAGGCGGAUGCAUCAUGAUGUCGUGACUUGGUCUGUUUCUGCGAUGACAAUGGCUUGCAAGGGCAGCAAAAAGUAGUGUGUGCAGCAUUUUUUUUUUUUUCUUGUGAUCAAUGUCAUUGUACUUUACCUUAGUAGUAAACGACGUCGGCAGAUUUUUCUCUUGUGUCAUGACGCCAGGUUCAGCAUCUUGGGAUUAACUUUAGUAUCAAAUUAAAGCAUCUCAUGUUUCCCAGCCAUAACACUUGCUAGAUGUGAUCAUUUUACACGCGAGAAACAUGUGGUAAAGUUUCUGCAACAACAAAAGUGUGUUUGAGUAAUCCUCACAUGAUGCAGACCGAACAGUUCAAUUUUAAUAGUGAAAUUUUGAGUGAGAACAAGGCAGUGCUAAGCAGAAAUUCCACUAAGGUGGCUAGAACAAAAAUGUAGGUCACUGUACAGUGCUCAGUGAUUCAAACGCGAUGAUUGCCUUGCAUUGCAGGCAGUGCUUUCUGCAUCACCGCUGAGCACUGGGUGAUUACUGGGGUGCCAAAUGCAGACACAAUACACCGCAAAGGCCUUCGCUUUCAUUAUAGUGCAUCGGCUCACCAAUAAUGCAUCAUAAUGCUCACCAUAAUGCAUCUGUUUGGUGUUCCCCGGCAGCUAUUGGUGGCAGAAAAAGUGCUGGCCAUACAGGCUGAUUAUCACCACUGAAUUGCUGAUCACUGCACAUUAUGGAGAUAUAGAAAACGUGCAAAUAUUUGCCAUUUAAAAACAGCCGGUGUUCUGCUAUGCUUCUACAUCGGCUGUUGGUGAAGUUCACUUUGUGCCAAUACAUCUGACAGUAGGCUCAACAUUGUGCCCUUUUGAUUCAAGCACAAGUACGCAAAGGGUGUCACCUGAGGUUGCUUAGAGACGAGUGGUCAAUGCAAUUUUAAGUUUGUUUUACUGUUUGCUCUCGUUUUUGUUGUACGUCUGUGCCAGUAUUUAUCUUAGGCUGAGGGCAGCAUUUCCACUGUUGGCAGACUGAAAUCAUUAAGCACUUUUAACCAAAGAAAACUUGGACUUCUUUUCAUGUUCAGGUGGGUGCAUGCUUUUUACUAUACAAACAUUGAUGUGUGCCUGUGAUGGUACUUGAUCCAGUAUGCGCAAUUGUGAAUAAAUGAACGAGCACAGCAAAGAACGGUGGAAAAGGGAACACCUUGAUAACAGUUAACGGCUCUCGCGUGGCUUUGUUAUUGCGCUGGAAUGAGAAAAGCGCCGUCGGGCAAAUUUCCUCUCAAAAGGAGAGGAUGCUAGCUAGUAUUGAGAAAUGCUACUCUAGAGUGAUCGUUGAAUAAUGGCAAGGUGUUCCCUUUUAUAUUCGUCCACCCUGUGGACGAGACCUGUGGGUAAGAAAAACACUCUUCCCUUUUAAUAGUGAGUGUGGCAUGAUUUUUCACCGUGCACUGUCGGAGUUACAUUGUUCUGUUUUGAUAAACUACUUGCAUUUAUUUUGUGCAUUUGCGUAUGGUUGCAGCGUCCUAUUGCAAGAUGGUUUUGCCUACGUUUAUAGUGUGGCCUCGUGCGUGAAGUUUGUGAACAAAAUGAAUGUUGAACAGAAUGAAUGUGCUAACCCAUGCUAAUGUGGUACUAUUAACAAUGUGCCAACUUGUCAAGCAAGCGAAGUACGAACUUUCCUUUCAUUGUACAUUUAAUCAUGCUUACGACACCAACUGGUGUCCUAACGAUUGCGCUGCCAUGUUCGUCUCAAGUACUGUAAUGAAUUGCAAAAAAAGGUUUGCAAUUAGAACCUGUACUGCGCAGUCAGAGUGUAAACAGGUAAUGGAGCAAACCAUUGCCUUUCAAUGGGACGUAAAGCAGAUGACACACACGAGUGGUAACACGCGUCUACUUUGUGUCGCAUUUAAAAGCACCGUUUUUUUUUUUUUUUUUUCUUCCAAGUGUGCACCAACUGGCUUAAAUUGUUCAAGCACUUGCACUUGUGAGCUGAGGCAUGAGUCUUGACAGAACAAGCCAAGGAAUGCUGAUUGGCUGUUGGCACGUUUGUUAUAUUUUGUGCAUGAUAACACAUCCAAGUUACAUCAAAAUCAUAAUCUGAUCAGAAAUUGCACGUGUGCUUUCACUAGCAUUCUGCACUUUGCAGAAAUGUAAAACCCCGGAUCAUUGUGGAGAAUAGCAGGCCACCAAGUGACGUUAAGUGUAGCAAAAUUCUGUAAGUUGGUUACACUUGAAUGCUUCAUUCUAACCAAAGAAUCUAGUCUGCAGGCUGCAGUCUUGCAUAGGUUAUGGAAUCAGAGGGAGAGAGAAUUUAUUUGCAAAAAGGCAGAGAGGUCGGCUUAAUCCAGCCAGCUUAAAACAUAAAGAUGCUUCAGUGGGAACUGUUUGGUAUGGCAUAUCUUGACGGUAUAAAUUGCACUGCUCAGGUGACCCACUCGGGAACACUGAGGUACCUGUGUGUCACUUGAGCAGUGGAACUUAAAACUGUCGGGACAGGCCCUGGCUUGUUAUUCUGCACCGAGAACGGUUACACAAUGAUGGAAAGAGAGAAGAGGAACGCAGCAUGGCUGUGGCACUGGUAAUGCCGCCAGUCAAGUUGUAUGUCAUGAAAGGCACUUAAAUUGUCUGCUACUGCUUAAGUCGCACAGUGUCGUCUGUGCCGCUGGCUCGGAAAAAGUCCUAAAAAAUUAUGGAAUACUAAUACGCAUUGCAGUGCAGCCUAUUUUCUUCUACUUUUGCGAAGUGCAGAAGAGUCGCUACUUUAUAUGUGAUGUUUAUUCUCAGCUCCCGAACACCUGUAAUGAGGACCUGCAUGACAGACUUGGCAGCUGGUGCCUGUAGAUCGCCGAGAACAACGAGUGUUGACUGCUGAAUAUCUGUCAUCCUGUUUUUAACCUUAUCCUUGUCAGCUCCGGCAUCAACUAUUGUGCAGGGUGUCUAUUUUAAUUAAGAUAACGCUGUGCCCAUAGUGUUGGAAAAAGCAUGCGUACAAAGACAUUGUGUAGUUGACUUCCAGAUUAUUGCUAAUUGUCCUUUGGUCAUGUGUUGUGUUUUAGGAUUGUUUGUCUCAGUCUUUCGUGUCCUGUGUACUUACUCUUGUGAAUGAUGGAACAGUACUGUUCGUUUAACACCACCUGUGAGCCUAUCCUGCAUUCACCUUUGAUGGCGCUCACCCAUCUGCUUGCAUUUAGUUGUCUGUGUUGAAGAAAUGCUCAGCUGAUAACACUAAAGUUUUGUGUGCCGUAUCUUUCUAUGGGGCUGAGUGAUAUGUGUCGGGUAUGUUUCAAGCAUUUUUCUUGCUACCAAUGUCCUGGGAAUGCGACAGUGUGAGCCAUCAGUUAGAUGCUGUUGUUUGAAGAGCAUAAAGCAAGCUCAAUAAAGAACAUUUUUAAAAUG